AUGGACGGUAUAGCCUCAAAGAAGCUCAUUCAUCACAUUGAUACAUUGGUCAAGAGGUUCAUGCAGCUCCUAACUGAUAAGAAGGAGAAUCCAGGAGACAACAUGAUGAUCUUCAUGCUGAAGAACCCUGCUAUGUCGCAUCAAGAGCUGCAGGAUAACAUGAUCAUGCUAUUCAUUGGUGGACAUGAUACCACCGCCAGUUCGAUAUGGACAUUAUUCUAUUAUCUUGCCUGCUAUCCUGAUAUACAAUGGCAAGCACAGGAAGAAGUCAUGGAAGUACUUGGAGAUGACAUUGAUCAAACCGUCAAAUAG